AUGCCUCUGUCCCCCCUCGCUCAGCCCAACCCGACCACCACCUUCAUCAACCCUCACAGCGUGUACGGAUCGCCCAACCAGGCCUCGCGCGCGCAGCAGUCUAGGCACCAGCUCGCCGCCUCGUCCCACUCGGCCUCGAGCACCCCCCGCUCCGUAUCGGCCGCACCCUCGCCCUCGGCCCUAGAACACUCGGACCCGCUCAGCAACCCGCUCCUCGCAGGAGGAUCCCAAGACACCAAGGUCGACCCCGCCACCUUGACCGCCCUCCAAGACGCAGACGCCAGCUACGAAGACGCCUCCCUCUCCGGCUACCCCUCCAUCCGCGACAUCCAGGCACAGGCCCAGAGGCACCAGCAGUACUACUACCCCGCCGACUACCCGUCCCCGGCCGACCACCACCCCUCGACGACCGAGCACAACAGCCGCUGGACCCCCAAGCCCUUCCGCAAGCCGCCGCUCCAGCGCAAUUACGACAGCUACCGCUCCAUUGCCCACCCGUUCGAGUCGUUUAGCGACAGCGACCACUCCCACCCCAACCACCGCCGCCGCCCAAACAGCACCCUCUUUGGUCGCCUCGCCAGCCGCGCCUCCGAGUUUGGCCGCAACAUGUACGCCCAGAACCAGAACGGCAAUGACGGCACCGCCGACCAGCACCAGCACCAGCACGUACACGUUGGACCGGCUGCUGGUGUCAACGGCGGACAACACAUCCCCUCGGCUUCCAAGCUGCCCGGCGGCGACCUUUACCGCACGCUGCGGUGGUCGCGCCAGCGCCCGCCCAUGACGCGCGAGCGCAAGCUGCUGCUGCUGCGCAGCUACCUGCCGGACUGGAUCAUCACCAUCGUCCUGGCCGGCCUGCUGGCGCUCAUCAACAAUGUGCACGGCUUCCGCCGCGAAUUCAGCCUGACCGACACGAGCAUCCAGCACACAUUUGCCACGAGCGAGCGCGUGCCCAUGUGGCUGCUCGGCGUGUCGGCCGUCAUUGUGCCCGCCCUCAUCAUCGCUGGCGUGGCGCUGGGCGUGUCGCGCUCCGUGUGGGACCUGCACAACGGCCUGCUGGGUUUCGUGCUGGCCCACUGCCUCAACGUCACCGCGACCACCAUCAUCAAGGUGUGCGUGGGCCGUCCGCGUCCGGACCUGAUUGACCGGUGCCAGCCGCGGCCGGGCUCGGCCAACGCGCAGCCGUACGGCCUGGCCACGGACGCCAUUUGCAGCGUGGGCGUCGACAAUUCGGAGCUGCGCGACGGCUUCCGCAGCUUCCCCUCUGGCCAUGCCAGCUCGGCGUUUGCGGGCCUGACGUUCCUCAGCCUCUACCUGGCCGCCAAGAUGCACCUCUUUGACCGGCGCGGCCACGCCAUCUCGGCCUGGCUCACGCUGACGCCCAUGCUGGGCGCCGUGCUGAUCGCAGUGUCGAGGACCAUGGACUACCGCCACCACGCCACCGACGUCAUUGCCGGCGGCAUCCUCGGCUUCGUCAUGGCCUUUAGCGUGUACCGCCUCUACUUUCCGCCGCUCAGCCACCCGCUCUGCCACAAGCCCUACAGCCCGCGUAUCCCGCGCGAGGGAAUGUUCUCCACCGGCGCCGGCUACGACGAGGGCGAUGUCGAGGAGAACGCGUCGGAGCUCGACGACUCGCCGCGACACCAGCACCGUCACCACCACCACCACCACCACCAUCGUCACCACGGUGCUGAUACCGCCGCUGCUGUUGGUGGCGAUGGCGCAGGUGGUGCGACGACGACGACGACGUACGGCGGCGCACCCGGUGCGGGCACGCACUCGCGGCAGGGAUCGGAUGCGCGCAUGCUCGACGCCACCAAGGGCGUGGUGCAGGCCUACGAGCGCGACCCGAGCCCCGUCCACGGCGCAAAGGCGUCGCUCGAAGACGACUACGUCCCCGAAACCGUCAACCGCGUCUGA